UUUCCUUUCAUUACGCCUACAACUUCAUUCCACUUGGCAAUUUCAGCUGCUAAAAUAAUAAUGACCCAUCCAAAGAAUCGUUAAAGCAGGCCAAAUAAAUUCAUGCCAAUGCUUCUGAUUCAUGUCAUAAAAACUAUAGCAUAUAUGAUCAGUUCGUCUUACAUAACAAAGAGAGCACGAUUUGUGCAUAAAUUUUCUGACAGCAUAUUCAGAAAAGUGGCUAUGUUAUUGCGAUUUGCUGUUAUCUUUGCUUAACGAAACUUCUAAACUGAAAAACAUCUGCACUGAGUCAAAGCCGGUACCUGCUGGCGAAGCAUUGUGUUAUGCUGAAUACCGCUUGGUGGCGUACUUGAAAGAGCUAACAGGCGAAAAGUUAUUUCCAAGUCUCUUUGUAAGUUGUCUUCUAGAAAAUUACACCACAAUACAGAGGUUCAUUAACUAUCAAAGAUACGUGAGCGUUUACAUACAUGCAGUCUCACAGUUUGAUGAGCUUGGCAAAUUAUUGGCCUCGUUGAAUGUCCCUACAUUCGGCUUUUUAAUUGGGUCUGUGAUCGACUGGGCUUAAAAUCUUACAGUGAUAUGGCGGAUAGUAUUGAUCGCGGUGUUGGUGGCUACGACUAUGAAUUUUCGUCUCCACUACCGCUUGAAUAUGAAUGCCCGAUCUGCCAUCUUGCUUUUCGCGAUCCAGUGCAACUAGAAGAAUGUGGUCAUCGGUUCUGUCAAAGCUGCUUAACGGAGCUUCGUAAAAGGCUGAAAGGUCCUCUGAAUUGCCCGUUAGAUCGAGGACUUCUUGAUGGCGAUAAGAUUUUUCUUGACAAGGCAGCAAAACGGGCAGUAUUAUCACUGAGUGUCAAAUGCACUAAUUUCAAAAAGAAGUGCGAAUGGUCAGGUGAACUUGGAAAUUUAGAGGACCACAUCAAAUCGUGCUUGUACGAGGAAAUCGUUUGUCCAAAUGAGAGCUGCGAUGAGUCCUUUCUAAGGAGAAACCUGAACUCACAUCUUGCAACAAGGUGCAAAAUGCGCAUUGUUAGCUGCCAGUAUUGCUCUGAAAAGUAUAUACACAAGGACAGCAGGAGCCAUGCCAAGUCGUGCAAAAGAUUUCCACUUGAGUGUAUCAAUAAAUGCGGGCUUAAAGAUAUACCAAGAGAAGAAAUGACCAUCCACUUGAUGGAAUGCCCGUUGUCAGUUUUACCUUGCACCUACAAAGACAUUGGUUGCUCAUUUAAGGGAAAGAAAGAUGCUCUGGACGAGCACAUAAAAGCGACUGUGAACCAGCACCUCACAAUGGCGGUGCAGAAGGUACGAGAGAACGAGGCCCGGUCAUACUGUACAAACGGUAUCUUCAUAUGGCGUAUAACGAACUUUAAACAGCAAUUUGAGUCUGCAAGAAAUGCCGAUGAAGAAGCUGCUUUGUUUAGCCAGCCUUUUUAUACUUCCCAGUAUGGUUACAAGUUGAAACUGAAAAUAUAUCUAAACGGACGAGAUCGAGGAAAGGGAACUCACCUUUCGUUAUACCUCAUUAUAAUGAAAGGAGAAUAUGACGCUCUUCUUGACUGGCCUUUUGACCAGAAAAUAACAUUUUACUUGCUUGACCAAGGAGAACAGCGAAAGCAUAAAAUGCAUCAGCUCAGCCCGAAUAGAUCAUUACCAAAUGUCAAGGCAGUAUUCAACCGACCGACCAUGAAGGAAAACCUUGGAAUAGGAAACCCAAGCUUCGUCUCACACGAAAUCAUAGACCAAAACGAGUACAUUAAAGACGAUUUAAUAUACAUUAAGUGUGAAGUUAUCCCUAGUAAUCGGUGACUGUCAGCUUGUAAAUAAACGGUAACAAAAUUGUAAAGUUAGUAUAUUUUGAGUUUAAAAUGAUGAAAAGGUUUGGGGCAACUUAUACUGAUUGUAAAUGUGAAAGUUAAAAAGGUAUGAUGUAGUAACGACGUGUGAAUUAACAUCACGAAAGUGUAAGAAAAAUUAAAGUAAUGCUACUCCAGGAAUGUAUCUUAAGCUGCAUUUAUUAUACAUUGCGAAGGUGAGGGGGAUUGCUUCGAAUUUUAAACAUCAUGGAGCAUUAGGGGUCUCUUCCAUUGCUAAAUUUCCAAACAAGGGAAGGGAACCAGUGCCAAACAUUGAGCAAACCAAAUAUACAGUAGUCAUUAACAAAAUUUGUUUGAAUUCUUGGAAAAAGUUUAUAUUGCAAAAGUCGAUGUAACUCGCUUUAAACAUUGAUAGGUUUAUAGUUUCGCGGUAUUGAAAGAAAAAGGGACCGUAUCUUUUAAAGGAUUUGCUUAGAAUUUCUCAUAGAGUGAGAUAUGAACCCUGAAGCUAAGGAAGUUUCACACAAAAAAUGCAAGGUAUAUGUUGUGUACAAAUAAGACCUUUUUGAGGUUUUUUGAAUGUACAUCCUUGGACUUUGGAGAUUGCUAAAAAUUCUUAAAAGAGCAUUUCUUUUUGCGGUACAUAGUGUAAUCAUUCCUACUGUUAUUAGUAUAAACUCUGUAGAUAUUAUCUUUAAGAUUGUAAUUUCAUGUUGUAGUUAAGAUACAAAAAUUUAGCACAUAAAUGUCAUACUUUUGAUGAACAUUAAGUGCCGUAA